GCUGUCAUUCUUGAAAAACGUCCAAAGUACCGCUGCUCUCGUCCGUGCCGCUCUAUCUGUGCUCUAUCUAAUGGAGUAUUGAGUAUGGUGUUUACAUUUGUGUCUACUGUUGUUAUCAUAAAAUGAAGUUCAUAAUGUGCCGCAUAGUUUAGCAAUUACAAAUUUGAUAACAUUCGUUUAUUUUUGCACGUUUUUCACAAAACAACCUCGGUUUACUAAGGAAACUUAUUUGUUCUCGUUACGUAGUGUUCACUAAUAAGGAUACUAAAAGUUUGCACAAGUUGUUAUCAAAGUGAUUGUUCGUUCACCUUUGAAGUGGACGUAGUUACGAGAAAAUAUAUAUUACAAACCUGAGAUUUUAAAAUGGGGAGCCAUGCAGAACACGUGGAGUCUUCAAUAAAAGCCAAAUUUACAUCAUUAUUUGCGAAAAUAAACGAAUCUAACUAUGUAAUGGAUAACUACUACUCUGAUAAUUUGAUAAAUAAAUUAAUUGAAACCAGGAAAGAUAACAACUAUAUUUGUACUCUAUCACAUCUACUGAGUGAACCACUACAGAAUUUGGAAAAAUACCAUACCUCAGUCCAAGUGUUCCUCGUCAGGUUAUUGGCCUUUGUAGUUCACAAAGAACUGUUCUUUGCAAAAUUAAUAUCUCAUAUCAAUGAUACUUUAUGUAAUGGAUACAGUAACCUUGGGUCCCCUACUAUGAACCCGAGCCUCAGUGUUGCAUACCUCGAAGUUGCCCUGUCCCUCGUAGAGCACUACACCAGCCUCUACUGGCUGCUGGACAGUGGUAAGUGGAAGGACAUCCUUCAUACCGAUAAUAACUCCAGAACAGUAUUUGUAACUAGACAGAAAUAUAAGUUUGUAUCCCGACUUGUUUGGAGGUUAAACAGAUUGGAAGAUGAAGACAAUUUAAAAAACGUGCUGACUUUUAUACUGAAACCCCUGAUGGAGAAGGAAUGUUGUAUAGCAGAGUCUAUGACCAAUGAUGAGGAGGAGCUGAACUCAAAGCAGUUUGAACCCAUGAUGCACAUGCUCAACUCCAUCAUGAGUGAUUACAAAGAACUGUCCAGAUCAUCUCUUGUGGUUAACAUGCUUCUGACACCUUUCAGAGUGGUCAAUCAGACGUGUUUACUUCUAGACAGGUACCGCAAGGAUAGCUUAUCUUUACCGAGUGCUAAAUUAGUCUUCCGUUUGGUCCUGGCUAAAGUUUUUCAAGCCAAACCAAUAGCGGAUAACUCUAUAUACAAUGCUGAAGACUUUAACGAAGCUAGUGCAGCCUAUUUCAAUACUGUAAAUAUAUUCAUAACAAGGCGUAAUGCUAUGGCAGUUUUAGACUUCUGCUAUUCUUGCAAUGAAAUUUGGAAUGCAACCUGGGACAAAAAAAUACCAAAAAUAAGCACAUUGGAUGGCAAAAAAGUGGAUUUGCAAAACAAAAUGUUAUUCUUAUGCCUUGUGCCUGCUGUCACUUAUAUUACAAGACAUUUACCAGACAAUGCUCGACAAAUGUCAGGUUGCCUUCAGGACUACAUGAUGAAACUGAUUAAUGCGAGUUGUGAACACACAGCAAAGUCUGCUAGGUCUCUGUCACUUCUUAUAUUGGAGCUGGACACUGAGACCAUUGUCCUGCAGAGUGUAAAAAGACUAGCCUGUUUGAACAACUCUAUGAACAAUGAACAAGCCAACUUGAUAUUCCAAGGUUUAUUCUACGUUCUGAAGCAGUUUGACCCGUUGUCAGAAGACCGUGAGGAGAAGUGUCCCGAGGCAAUGUUCCAGGAAGACGAGGAGAACCUGUUUGUGUACACGUAUGCCCUGGAAGCCGUCUUGCUGCUGGUGAAGAACUAUGAUAUCAAUUGGCAGGAGAGCUUGGAAAUUAUUUGUUUGUACAAUGUGGUCUUCAAUAUACUGCAGAAAACAAAUUUAUCUAGUAAGUUCAUAGUAACGGCCCUAAACGUGAUAGCGGUGACAGUGUGCAAGUUCCUGCCGCCCAACUUAUCGCUCUUAAUGGAGUCCAAGCCCGGAUCGGCCAUGCACGACCUCGGCCGACUCAUAUACAUGAAGAUGCACGACCUGCACUGGGAGGUGCGGGACUCGGCGCUAGAACUGCUACUCGUGUGCACGGAGAUCUCUUACGUCAAAUUCCCGCCAUUCCAAAAGCAGAUAAUCGAGAACGAGCUGAUCGUAGUGGCGGCGGCGGUGGCGCUCAACGACCACGAGUUCUACGUGCGCGCGUCCGCGCUGCGCUGCCUCGGCGCCGCCUGCAAGGUCUCCGCCGUCUGGGACCAGCUCAAGAAUAAACAUCCCGACAUACAGGAAUCCCUGGUCAACAUUCUCCGCAACAACCAGGAAGGCAUCGUCCGCAAGGAAGCGUGCAACGUCCUCUGCGAGAUGUACCUCAACCUGAAGCUCGGCCCCGAGUUCCGGCAGGCGCUCUACGAGCAGAUGGUCUCCUCCGCCGUCAGCGACUUCCACUGGGAAGUCCAGCUCGCCGCCCUCAAGUUCUGGAAGCUAGUCAUCCACAACAGCCUCUGCGGGCAGGGCAUGCUCGACGGCACCUUCCCGCCCGUCACCUUCUCCAAAGAAACCAGAAAAAUCGUCACCCUCAACAAAGCAGAAAUACAGAGGAGACUCCUAAAAAUCUUGGACGAACUCGCCGCAAAAGGAUGCCUCACCGUUCUGUCCAAACUGCUACACGAAGACACGGAAGUCGAAAUAAUGGACGCCAAUUUAACCAUCGCUCUGGACCUUCUGGAUAUCCUGAAGCGGUACGAGGUACCCGAAUGUGUGAAGCGCGUCGAAGGCGAGCCGGCGACCAUGCACGAGUACUACUCCGACACCAAGGAAGAUGAGAUGGAUCACGACGACGUUGUCAUCAAAACGGAAGAGGCCGAAUCGGAUAAUGUCAUCGAGGGCAUUAUAAAUGCGGACGACAUGAACCUGCUCGCGCAUAUAUACGAACGACAUAUGAAAUUGCAGAAUGACAAACCUGAACUGCAGCCGAAACCGAUGAUCAAGUUACUACGAUAUGUGAAGCCUUACUUGUUCGUGAGUCAUUUGAUGAGUAAGGACUUCAAGGCGGUCAUAGAGCAUAAGAAGCAGUGGAGGAGUGGGAUACGCAAUGUGGAGUCGCUGUUGGACGAUGUGCUGGGCAUCUAUGAGGUUGGCAACGAUGUCAACAAUUUGGAUUGUUAUUGAGAUUAUUAUUGUUAUCUAAGUAUACUUUUAGUGCGUAUACAUUCCGUAAGGAGUGAUUGUUAUAAAUAAAAUGUAGGUUAUACAUUAAAA